AUGUGGAGUAAAGUCACACAGCCGCGGGCGGUACGGCAGCCGCGCAGGCGGGCGCUGAGAUCCCAGGCCGGGCGCAGAGCCCCGGCUGUGCCCGCUCGCUCCCGGUGCCCGCUGCCCGCCAUUCCGCAAGCGGGUGCUGCCAUCUCGUGCCCGGGCCGGGAAUGCGCCGGGCCGGCGGCCGCCAAUCGCCGCCGAACCCCGGCCGAGCGCGGUGCCCGGGCAGCGGCCGAUGCUCCUGGACACUUUCCCCGAUUCGUCCUGCGGCCGCCGGGCCCCUCCGACAGCGGGGCCGCCUCCCCGAGGGAAUCCCGGCCGGGAAAGCGGCGCCGCGCCCGGGAUCCCUCACAGGCAGCGCUCGCUCUCCCCUCGCGGGGCUCCGGGAGCGCACCCGGCAAGGGGAAAAGCUCUCCCUCUUCUAAUCUGGUUUGUUUUUGGACACGUGGCCGUGGUUUAUUUGUGCGUUGGAUUGACACGCUCUCAGACACUGCGGAGCUGAUAGGCAAAAAAAUCCAGUGGAAGGUCAAAGAUGAUGAUUUUGGAGAAGAGGAAUCACCUGCGAGAGACCCAGGAGCAGCUGGACACAGAAUAUCCACAGAAUGGACUGCAGUGACAGAGAUGGGAGCCAUUGGGAUGUAUUUUCAACAGCUGUUGACAGAAAAUAUUCAGCAUUGCCACAUGUAUCUGCAGUUUGAUGGCAUCAUUCCAGAGAGCGAUGAACAGGUCAGAUCAGCAACCAACUUUUUAUCCAUUGACAUACAGACUGACUGAUGGAAACUUCUAACAACCUUAAGACUUUAAGCCUCAGUACAAGAGUUUACAUCAGACCCUUCACAGAAGGGAAAAGCCGUUUAAUCCCAGAAACUGUUAAAACUUC